AUGGGUACUGCUUAUGGUGUGGAAGGUUAUAUCGGUCCAACAACAGUUGCCGUUAAACAAUUAAAAGCUAAUGCUGAUGAGAAUGAAAAGCGUGAAUUUUUAGCUGAAAUGGACAUUAUGAAGCAGGUUGGAAGACAUCCAAAUAUUGUCGCAAUGUAUGGUUGUUGCACAGAACCAAAUCAUCAAUGUAUGAUUAUGGAGUAUGUACCGUUCGGAGAUCUCAAACAUUAUUUGCAAAAUCUUCGAAAACAGUUUGAUCGAGCGAUGGUAAAUAUGAAAUCAUCAUUUUACGGUCGCGAUGCACCAAUUAGCCCAUCAUUGCCACCAUCGAUGCAUUCAUCAUUUCUUUCAAAUUUGGAUGAUAAUUCGCCACAUAACGAAGCAUACCAAUUGGAUCCUGUUGAAUUGCAAAGUUUUGCUAUUCAAGUUGCUAACGGAAUGGCAUACAUUGAAUCACUGGGUAUUGUUCAUCGAGAUUUAGCUGCCCGAAAUAUCCUGGUCGGUCGCGGGAAUCAAUUAAAAAUAAGUGAUUUUGGAUUAUCACGACAUGGUGUCUAUGUUAAAACAAGUAAAGGUGUAAUACCACUUCGAUGGCUAUCAGUUGAAGCCAUCCAACGAAAUAUUUACUCAACAAAAAGUGAUGUUUGGGCAUAUGGUGUCGUCUUAUGGGAAAUUUGUACUCUCGGAGGUUUUCCAUAUCCAACUGUUAGCGAUAAAGAUCUUCUAAAAUAUUUACUUCAGGGUAAUCGAUUAGAGAAACCAAUAUCGUCUAGCAAUGAAAU